AGUAUUCAUCUCCCAAUGGCAACACCACGUGUACUGUCAAAGUGUCAAGUGUCACUUGUGUCGUUUCUUUCAUCUAACAGUUCUUUUUACACAUCUUCUCCCUUACACCGUUGAAGUUGUGGUUCACCAAACAUGGGGAAGGGAAAUAAUAUGAUCCCUAAUGGCCAUUUCCAUAAGGAUUGGCAACGUUUUGUGAAGACUUGGUUUAAUCAGCCGGCCAGACGUCAUCGUAGAAAACAGAACAGGAUCAAGAAGGCCAAAGCCGUUGCUCCACGUCCUGCUGCUGGACCUUUGAGACCCGUUGUCCGUUGUCCCACUAUUCGCUAUCAUACAAAAGUGCGAGCGGGUCGUGGAUUUACUCUUCGCGAAAUCAGAGCGGCUGGCCUUAACCCUGCUUUUGCUAGAACCAUUGGCAUUGCAGUAGACCCUCGCAGGCGUAACAAAUCUGUUGAGUCUCUGCAGGUUAAUGUUCAGAGGUUAAAGGAGUACCGUGCACGACUGAUCCUGUUCCCUAAGGGCAAGAAGGUACUGAAGGGAGAAGCAAAUGAAGAAGAACGCAAAUUGGCCACUCAGCUCCGAGGACCAUUGAUGCCUGUACAGCAGCCAGCUCCUAAAUCUAUUGCUCGUGCUAUCACUGAGGAAGAGAAGGACUUCAAGGCUUACCAAUACCUAAGAGGGGCACGGUCUAUUGCUAAAUUAGUUGGUAUUCGUGCUAAGCGUUUGAAGGAUGCUGCAGAAAACCCUGACGACGUCACUAAGGCGCCUACUGCAGUGAAAGAAACAAAACCUAAAAAGUGAUUGCAAAAAUAAAUCCUAAAAAAUAAAAAAUAUUUUAUUUUG